GUGUUAUUGUUUAUACGUGUGUCACUUUAUUCCUGUAAAACCAUGGAAGAUCCAGGUACACAGCAAGACCACGUCAUUGGCACCGACUUAGCUACGACGAACACUUAUGUUGCCCAAUACAUGAACGGCGAGGUGGAAAUUUUGGAAAAUCCCAAAGGAGGAAGAUCUACACAGCAGAACCAAGUUAUUGGCAUCGACUUAGGUACGACGAACACUUGUGUUGCCUAUUAUGCGAACGGCAAGGUGGAAAUUUUGGAAAAUUCCGAAGGGAAAAGACUUACACCGUCUUAUGUAUUUUUCCCGAAAAAGUCUACUUCACCACCAAUCGUAGGUCAGCGUGCAAAAAGAAUGGGAGAUAAGAUACCAUCUAACGGAAUUUAUGAAACUAAGCGAUUUGUGGGUAAAAGUUUCAACGCUAUGGAACCACAUUUGCAGCACUUCUCGUUCAACGUUGAAAAUAAGUUAGAUAGUCCUGUAAUCAGAAUAGAACGAGAUAACGACACGCUAGAAUUGACUCCGCAAGAAAUUAGCUCUUUAAUUUUGAAAAAAAUAAAAAAAGACGUGGAAGAUAAAUUGGGUGACAAGAUCGACAAAGCUGUUAUUACUGUCCCAGCUUGUUUUAAUACAACUCAACGGGAAGUUACUUUGGCGGCUGCCAACCAAGCUGGUUUUACUGUUUUGAAGCUGUUUAACGAACCGACGGCGGCAGCCUUAAGUUAUUUUUUUAAAAAAGACGACGAGAAUGAUUGUUAUGCGUUAGUUUAUGACUUAGGUGGUAGCACUUUUGACGUAUCCAUACUAAAACGAACUGCAACAAACAUCGACGUUAUUUGCGUGGAUGGCGAUACUGAACUGGGAGGAAACGAUUUUGACAAGCUCAUUUUUGAUUAUGUUUGUGAAAAAAUGGAAGAAUAUAAUUAUAAUCCUAGGCAAAACUUGAGACAAAUGCGAAGACUACAAGAGAAGUGUGAAGAUGCCAAAAAAAAUUUAUCUACUGGAGAAGAAACUAGUAUUAUUUUGGACGGAUUCAUACCGAACUCUGAAGCGAUAGAAGUAAAGUUGAAAAGGAAAGACUUUGAACUAAAAGCACACGAAUUGAUUAAGAGAACGAUAAACAUCGUCAACAAAUGCCUUAACGAGUCUCAGAUUCCAAAAAAUCAAAUUCAACACGUGAUUCUCUCAGGUGGUUCCAGUCGGAUACCGAUAAUUCAAAAAGAGUUAUCUAAAUAUUUUGACGGAAAAACUCUCAGCAAGUUUAAUAACCUCGACGAGUGUGUUGCAGAAGGAGCUGCUCUUCAGGCGGCUAUGUUAACCGACAAUAAUACGCAAAAAAUCAAGAAAUUAGCGAUGACCGAGGUAGUUCCUUUGUCCCUUGGAAUAGGGCUUUGGGUUGACAGAAUGCGUUUUGUUAUAAAAAAAGACGCUCCUAUUCCUACAACUAAUACCAUACGUGUUUUGACCUCACAAAAUCAGCAGAAAACAGCAAAUUUUGAAAUUUAUGAAGGUGAGCGUCUGAUUAUAAAGAAAAAUCGCUACUUAGGUUCACUAGAGUUAGAAAAUAUUACUCCGGCGCCUCCAGGCCAAUGUAAGCUUUCAAUUACUUUCAGUAUUGACCACAAUGGUGUCCUGGAAGUUAAGGCAACGGAACAGAUAAACAACAAUAUGAAGAGAUUAAAUGUUAAAUACACAAGAGGAGGACGAAGUGAAAGUGAAAUUGAAGAUACUCUUAAGGAUGCUGAACGGAAUAGAGAGGAAGACGAGUUGUUUGACGUAUUUUCAAAACAAAAAUUAUAUUUACUUCAGUAUUGCGAAGGGGUUAAAUACAAUCUGGGCACUUUAAACAUAAUCGAAAAACAUCAAGAUGUCUACCGUUUGUGUGAAAACAUUCAAACCAAAGGUAAAACCAUGGAUGUCGACGACAAAGAUGAAUUAGAGUAUCUCAUUCGUGAAGUUGAGAAUCAAUGUGCAUUUGUUGUUAAAUCUUGCAAGUUUAAAAACAUGCCCGUACGUCCAUUGUUGUCUUAGAUACAUUAUUUUAAUUAUAUUUUCUUGUUUAUUCUUUACUUAAUAUUUCUAAGUAAUAAAGUAAUAUUGUGUUGAUUUUCAAUAAUAAA